AUGCACGCGUUUCUGGAGCUGCUCGACAUUUCGCACAACAAACUGGGCAGCCCCGAAAUGGACGCGUACCGGCACUUCCCGGUGGUGGAGAGCUUCAUCUUUGGAGGCAGCGAUCUGGAGAUGAUCGGGCUGGAUGGAACGGCGUGGGAUCCCGAUUUCCUAGAUGGGCGUUUCUGGCAUCAAGACAUCGACGAUGACAAGCCCCUCUCGGUGGCAUUGCUGAUGCUCUGUGUUGUAGGGCCUAGCUUUGCGGAGGACGUGUUUGAGUGUGAUGAGAACGAAUGUACACUGGAGCUACGAGAAGAGGAGUUGGAGGGCGAUAUCAAUUCGGCGAAGUUUCAGCUCACCGUCGAGAGCGGUUUGGUUGAGUUUUCGUUCGUCAAUUCGGAAAUUUCUACUAUUCCCCCUGCACUGUUAGGCGAAAAUGGGGACAAGAUUGAAAUCUUGGACGCGAGCGAAUCCGAUGUGCAGUUUGUAACGCCGGCAGCGUUUGCCAAUGCGCGUGAAUUGAGAAUCGUGCGCUUGCAGCUAAAUCGCAUUUCGGAGCUGCAAAAUGACCUGUUUGGCAAUAUUUCCACCCUGACGAGAAUCAAUGUAGCAAGCAAUCGGAUCGUCAACGUUGGUGAGUUCACGUUCCGCGGGUUGACGAACCUGAAGGAACUGCGGCUGUCCCGCAACAAGAUUAGUGUUCUUCCAAGGAAGCUGUUUGCCGGACUGAGUCAUCUCACCGAUUUGAACAUUGAUCGCAACCGCAUCUCGGUGUUGGAGGACGGUUUGUUUGAGGAUCUUGCCCAGCUCACUGAGUUGUACCUGAGCUUUAACUACAUUGAAAAACUCACCAAUAAUGCAUUCGUCGGAGUGCCUUUGCUGAGAAAACUUGCACUGCAGAACAACCGCAUCUCAACGAUCGAAAAGAAUGCUUUCGAACCCCUGCCAAUGCUGAAAUAUCUGUGGCUGCUGUCGAACAAUCUGAAGGAGCUUGCACCGGAAACGUUUGUAUCGCAGAUCUCGCUGUACGACCUCGACUUAACGGACAAUUAUUUGAAAGAUCUACCGAAAGGGUUGUUCCGCAACACCGUUUCGCUUGUGGAGCUAAAGAUGAAGAAUAAUACGAUCGAGCAGUUUGAUCGCGAUCUUUUUGCUAACGUACAAAAGUUGGAGGAGCUUGAGUUAGAGAACAACAAUCUGCAGUCGUUAGAGGGAGCGUUGUUUAGGAAUCUGAAAAGGUUGGACACCUUGCUGUUGGAGAACAACGCUCUAGAGCACAUCGUACCAGGUACGUUCGAUGAUUUGAAAAAUUUAGAAGUGCUAGACUUGAACGAUAAUGGAAUAAAGUCCAUCGAAGGAGGGCUGUUCCGAAAGAACAAAAAGAUCGAGAAGCUGUUCCUGAAAAACAACCAUAUCAGUGCCCUUAAAGCUGGUUCGUUCGAUGGGAUGACCAGAUUGAAAGAGAUCUACCUGGAUAAUAACGAGAUCGAGUUGAUCGACGAAAAUUUCCUUGAGCCGCAUCAGAUCAAAAUUCUCACACUGGACGACUGCGGUAUCAAAGCGCUUCCUAAGGGCGUUUUCUCGAAACAACAGUUCCUGCGUACACUUAUGCUAAAAGGAAACAAGCUUACUUACAUCGAUCCAGAAACGUUUGCACCUCUUCAACGGUUGAAAACCCUGGACCUAAGUUUUAAUAGGCUUCGCAAUAUUUCAACUUCUUUGGCCAACCUUCGCCAUCUCGAUUUGUUGGAUCUAGACAGCAACCGUAUCAGUGAACUAUUGGAUAACGCAUUUGCCAAUAAUACACACCUUGCGAAUUUGAACAUUGACAACAACUAUUUGAAGGCCAUACCGAAAGCUGUAACCACUCUGCCGAAGAUUAAAUAUUUAACUUUGGCCAAUAACAAUAUUAAAUCCAGCGCGACUUCCGGUGGCUUGGAGUCGGUGGAGGAACUACUCUUGUCCGGCAACGAAAUCGAGACCAUUGACGUCAAGCAGUACAAAAACUUGAACACGCUGCACCUGGACAACAACCGUAUUGAACGUAUUUCGCCGGACGCUUUUGAAUUCAACCUGCGUCUCACCACGUUAGGUUUGGCAAAUAAUCGGCUUACCGGUCCGCUGAACAAUAGUUUCAGCCAUCUUUGGAAGUUGGAAACACUCGAGUUAGACCACAAUCCGCUCGGAGACCUGACGUUCGAAACGUUUAACGGUUUGGCAGAGCUCAAUGAGCUAUCGUUGGAAAAUAUCAGUCUGGCGAAAAUCGACACCCAUCUGUUCGACGCAUUCAAAUCGCUUGAUAACUUAGAUUUAUCGGACAAUAAAUUCACGGCCAUCUCAACCAAUGUCCUCGAUCACUUCAAACGUUUACGCGAACUCUACAUAAGUAAUAACGAAAAAGGUUUCGAGGAUUUGGGAGGAGUUGCGGCGGUGGCAGAAAUCAAAGAACUUUCGCUUUCAGCAGUAAACUGGGACGUUCCUGAGAAUCUGCUCAGCAACAAGAGAAUACUGCAGGAGCUAUAUAUUCAGGGUGCUCGAUUCGCCAGCUUGCCUGCGGACUUCCUACACUCGCCCAGAUCCUUGAAAACGCUAGCAAUUUCUGAUAACAAAAACUUCAAGCGACUUCCAGCGAACUUCUUUAAGGAUGUACCUUACCUCAAGGAGCUUACGCUGUCAAAUAAUAGCCUCUCGACCUUGGAGCCCGGAGUGUUCGAUCCCCUUGCUCUACUUGAGUCGCUGGAUAUUUCGGAGAAUCCACUGAAAACAUUGAACAAGGACCUGUUCACCAAGACGUACAGCGUAAAGGAAUUGCAGCUGCGAAAUAUAAAUCUGACAAGCCUGCCAUUGGGAAUAUUCGAUAGCCUCGACAAUAUGACCCAACUCGAUCUGAGUAGCAAUCAGCUUUCCACACUUCCGAAAGGAAUCUUCCGCAAGCAGUACUUCCUGGAGUAUCUUUCCCUGGAGGGAAAUAGCUUUGAGCAGUUGGAUCCGGCCGUUUUCGAUGGAGUUUCGCGGCUGAAUGUAAUUUAUCUCGCUCACAACAAAUUAAGCUCGUUACACCCUCAGCUGUUCAGCAACCUCGUGCAAAUUCAGGUGCUCGAUCUGGGUUACAACAAGUUCGUGACGUUCGAUCUGACUGCGACAGCGUUUCAGAAUACAGUUUCCGCCCUAGGACUGGACAACAAUGGUCUCACGUCACUGAAAAUCUCACCAACCCUUGAGAUUUUAUCCGCAGUCGAUAACCAACUGUCCUCGAUCGAGGUGAACCAAACGAAAGAGUCUCCGAGUGUUCUGAACCACCUUUCCGUGGAACGCAAUCGUUUCACAAACUUGAACAGUUUUGUGCAGUUUAAAACCCUAGUAUAUCUGGAUGCCUCUUUCAACAAUUUCACUGCGUUUGAUUUUGGUGCCCUGUCCACGCAGCUCCAGGGUCUUCGCGAGCUGAACGUAUCGGACAACAACGUGCAGCAGAUCAAAACUGAUGGAAUCAUCAAGCAAGAUAAUCUCAUUCAUCUGGACAUUUCGAACAACAAUCUCACCAGCCUGGACUUGGGCGUUUUUGGAAAGUUCCCCUCGUUGCAGCACUUCAUCUUCGGAGGAAACUAUUUCGAUACGUUCUCAAUUUCGAACCUGCUCGCGGCAUUCCAAGAUCUGGAAUCGAUCGGACUGGAGGGACAACAAUGGAAGUGCGAUUUUCUUCGUAGUUUGGAAGCACCGAUGAAGGAAUCAUUCGUUGAGUAUGUUUUCAAACCCCAAGAAGAUGAGCCGAGUGGUUGCGCCAAGGAAGUAAACGGGCUUUGCUGCUUCUAA